UUUUGGAAUUUAUAUUUCGGAAAGUAAACGUUUUUAAACAAAAUGGGUGAGCGCAAGGGACAAAAUAAAUAUUAUCCGCCAGACUAUGAUCCCAAAAAAGGUGGCCUUAACAAAUUCCGCGGCACCCAUGCUUUGCGGGAAAGGGCCAGGAAGAUUCACUUGGGCAUAAUAAUCAUCAGAUUUGAAAUGCCCUACAACAUUUGGUGUGAUGGCUGUAAGAAUCAUAUUGGAAUGGGUGUUCGUUACAACGCUGAGAAGACCAAAGUGGGAAUGUACUAUUCCACUCCCAUCUAUAAGUUCCGCAUGAAAUGUCAUUUGUGCGACAAUCAUUUUGAAAUACAGACAGAUCCUGGCAAUUUGGAUUAUGUUAUAUUAUCGGGUGCUAGAAGACAGGAAAAUCGUUGGGAUCCUACACAAAACGAACAAGUUGUGCCUGAAACGAAAGAAGUACAAAAACGUUUAUUUGACGAUGCCAUGUAUAAGUUGGAACAUCAAGCUAAAGAUCAAAAGGCCGGAGAUCAAGCAAAGCCAGUUUUAGAAAAGCUAAUGGAAAGGAAUAAAACGGUUUGGAAUGACUGUUAUGAAGCCAAUUGUAAACUAAGAGCUGAAUUCAGGUCCAAGAAAACAGAAUUAAAAGCAUUGAAAGAACUUGAUGAAAAACUAUUGGCCAAAAGCAGUCUAGAUAUAGCACUGUUGCCGGAAACUCAACAAGAUCGACAAAUGGCUGCUCUAAUGAAACUGCAAAGUAAAUCUGCCCAGGAAAGAGAAGAAGAAAAGCGUAUAGACAUUCUGCUGCAACCAACACUACCAGGUUCAACGCAAACUACUUUUGGAGGUCUUAAGCGUCAAAAGGCAUUAAGUUCUCAUCUAGACUACAAACUACUGGGAAUCAAACGAAAACAGAAUUCAAAUGAGGCAAACUCAACUAUCUCAACUCAAAACAGUGAAAAAGAAAGUGAGAUAUGUAUAGGCACAGAUAUGAAACCUAUAGAUGACAUAAAUUUAGCAGACAAGAAUGAUCCAACUACCUCUACAAAUUCCAACAAUGUUUGUUUAAUAACUUUACCUAAAAGUUUAGCAUUAGUCUGUGAUUAUGAUAGUUCCAAUUCGCCAACAUCAUCUUCAUCGUCUGAGAAAUCAGAUAAUGAAGAAAGCUAAACACUACAUAUUUAUUUAAUUGUGUAGUUUUUUAUUACUUGUAUAAAUAUCAAAAGAAAUUAAUAGAUUUAAGACAGAAUAGUUAAUAAAUGCUUUAUAAAUCGGCGGUUUCUACGCCAGCUUCUGCCGCAUAAA